AUGGUGGCCCAGCUUCAGGGCGCAAAGGGUACCAUGGCUGCCAGUGCUUCUGCGCCACUGGCCGAGUCAGAAGAUGUUCAAGACGAUCGGAUUGGACAAUUCUUCCUGAAAAUGGUGAGUGGCGACCCGGCAUGGAUCGUAUCGCAGGCAGCACUCUUACCGAUUUCACGUCCCAUCAUCUUAGAUGCCUCGCAUCGAGUCCAUCUACUCGGCAUACUGCUCUCGGCACGAGGCGUCCAUCAGCAGGCUACAAGAGCUUACGCUCAGCUCCAGCAAGGCUUCAGUCUUCUUGAAAGAGUGCACAGAGGCGGCAAGGGUCCAGUGAGUGUGACAGACGUUCCCCCCGCGUUCUGCAGUCGACUCAUCCGGCUCAUCGCGAGACCCUUCUUUUGUGCGCAGUACGAACGCUUGGGACCUUGCUUCACUCUUGAUCAAGCCGGUUCAGCGAGUACUCAAGUAUCCCCUACUCAUCCAACAGAUCCUCACAAGCACGCCAGCUAGCCAUCCUGACGAGCCGAACUUGAGAGCCGCUCUGAUGGAAAUACAGCAGGUCGCGGACAAUAUCAACGAGGUGAAGAAGCGCAAAGACCUCGUCGAGAACAUUCUCACUGGCAAAAGCGCUCCGAAUAUGCAGAGGACCGCAAGCUCGACCAAACGGCCAAAGCGGAAAAGCGACAAAGCCAAGCAUGUCUUGGCUGGCCCAUCGAUCGAGCCAAUCACAGAUGACUAUGUGCGGCUAUCCGCUCAGUUGCACACUCUCAGACGCAACGUGCAUCGAUUCACGCGGCAUUGCCUAGAUUGGUCGCGCGCACAGAAGAACGCGUACGAGUCGGAGAUCGCCUUGACGUUCCAAAUCGGUUCGGUCUAUCGACUGGGUCUAGAUGCAGCCGCAAUCCAGGAGGAAGCCGGAGCUGAAACUCCCGACACUAGGCAGAGCGCGGCCUGCGAGAUGCUUAGAGGACUGGUCAAUGGGCCAUGGCGUCAAAUGGACAACGACAUUCGCUCCACCAUUCUGCCAAUGACGCAGCGCAUUGAGCAAAUGUUCGAGAAUCCGAUUGCAGUUCUUGCGAAACGGGACGAACGAGAGUCUGAUUACCAGCGAUAUCGGGCCGCCUUGGCAAAAUCGGACAAGGUUCCAGACAAGAAGCUUGUCGAUAGCGCCAAUGCGUUUGUGGCUCUGCACGCACAGCUGCUCGAUGAGCUGCCUCAAUUCAUUUACGGAGUGCAGACGCUUUUGGAUAUUGGCGUACAAGCUUUUGCUCGGCUCCAAGGGACGCAUCAUCUGCAAGCAAAAAGAGCGCGUUUGGCUUACUGGUCAGAGCAUGCCUACGCCUCGAACGAGCUGGCGAUCCAUCCCGGAACACGAGAACUAACGCUCAGACACGUGCAAACUGUUCGAGUGUUCUGGCACGCUCACGAGGAGGCUGCUUCUUUCGCCGAGACUCUGGUCAUCGCCAACCGAGAUCAAGUGUCCCUUCAAGAGCCUGCGCAGCCGCAAGACCGCUUCAUAAUUGCAGCGCAAGCAGAUGAUAGCAGGCAAGUCAUCAGCUACGACCCUCAGCUCGCAACUUCAUCGCGCCCGUCAGGACCGGCUCUGCUCGCACCUCCGGGCACAAGCGGCAGGCGACCUAGUGGUGUUGCAGGUCUAAUGCGAAGCCUAAGUGGUAAUUUCAGUCGCGAACACUCGCCAACGGGUGAGAAGGUGCCACCACUCCCGUCCGGUGCGAGCGCGUUAGCGGCCGCCUCUCGCACUGCCGAGAAUCAUGCUCGAGUGGCCGAUCAACCCCCGGCUCUGUCGUUGACCUUCAAGAGCGGAAGCUCUUCUCGAGAUUCUUGGUUCGUCCUUUCCGGAGACGCCAAUUCUCUGCCUUUCCUCAGUCCUCCAGCAGAAGGAGGCCCUCAAUUGGAGCCGUACGAUCUUUCGCCUGCGCAGACGACGAAGCCGCUGCCCGACGAGCCCAAGGCGGCAGACAUGCCUCGCUCCGUUGAGGAAAGUCGAGCUCGGCCUCUGCCCCAGAAUCGUCACAAGAUGCGGGUGAUCGCGUUGCUCACAGCUCAAGCCGAAAGUCCUUUGAGAGAUCCUGCGGGCAGGUUAGGCUGGCCAUGGCUCGCUUUUGCCCCUGGGGACAAUAUCGCGGUCUUGUCUUUUGACAAGAGCGACGAAGCAGUAUUGGCUUUCGGACGCGGUGCCGAUGGAACGCUCGGCUGGGCCGAGCGCGAUCUUUUCGUCGAAACACGCGACUCUUCCUCCACAACCCAUGACGUCGAAGGAUGA